CAAUAAUCAUAUAUAAAACAAAUACUAAACUCUUCCUCUCAACAUAACUCUUUGCUUUCUAUUCUUAGCUUUUGUAGGAAACAAAAACAAAAUGGUUAACGUGAAGGAACUAAGCUGGAUUGUACUUGCUGUUUUUAUGUUAUUAAUUUCUUUGUCUUGUUAUAUUUACUAUGUAUGCAUGGAGCAAGGCAGCUACCACCGCCAUGUCAUCGUCGUCGCUGACAGAAUCACUGCCUUGUUUUCGAUGAUUCGAAGCUUCAUCAAGAACGUCUCUUCUGAGUUGAACAGGAAUAAAGCUGAAUAUCUGAAUUUUCUAUAUAAGCUCGCACUUCUUGCUUUAUCCAAGUCUGCAACAGGAGAUGCAGAUUUAUGGAAAGUUUACUGGAUGACAAGCUUUGCGACAUUUGCCAUUGGCUGUUACUGUCUAAGGCUCUUUGUCGAAAGAAAGAGAGCUCAACUUACUCCAUCACAAUCCGCCACUCCACCCAAAAGUGAAAAAGUUCUCACCACAACAAAUGCUUUAGAUUUUAUAGUUCUUUUAUCAUAUCUUCAACUAGCUUUCGCCUAUUUCAUGGAGCUUAAUCUGAAAAAUCAUCCUUGGGAAGUUUUCUGGAAAAACUUUUCAUAUGCUACAAAAGUAUGUAUUGACGUAGCGGGUGUCGUGAUAAUACUCAUGAUUAUAAUUGAAAUAGCUAAUACGGAGCAACAGGUGGAGGACCGAUCUGUUGCAGAUCAACCCAAAGCAGUACAGUGGGAUGUGGAGAAUCAAUCAGAAGAAGUAGCAAUGAAGGAUGUGGAAUAAAUCAUAUGCUGAUCCACUUAAGGUGCCAAUAUAUAUCGAUGAUGUGGAGAGUCAGUCAUCUGCAGAUGGGAACCGAAAGGAAGCGGCACUACAAAUUGAUGGUAAGAAUGAAUGGCCUGAGAGGGAUAGCAAUCGAAAGUUGAUUUAUUUGUAAUAUAAUUGAUAUUCUUAUCACCGGAACAAUGCAAAGGGUGUGUGAUUCAUAUUGCUGUGAAAUUGUCUAAAUAUAUGCAUUUUCUACGAUGUUUGAUUAAAGUCAAGGAUCUAACGCCUGAAUGUGCUUGUUUUUGGUUCUCUUAAUGUAAUGCAUCUUCUGUGAUGACUGUAAUAGAAACUUUAGAAUAG